CAAUCAACUUUUUGAUGAAGGGAAGAAACAUGAUGUUCCUCUUCUUGUUCCUUCUCGGAUUGACUAGAGUAGAGACUCAAAAACACAAUGUACUUGAUGCACCGAAACUUGAGUCUAGCGAACUCGGCCCUUAUGUAGCCUACACCGAUUUCUUAUUCUACCUAGCCUGUCGCUCCAGUUCAGACAGCGUAUUAACCUACCAGUUCUAUAAAAAUGGUGAACUAAAAGUCAGAGAUAGGUGGCAUACCUACUCGGUAAAUCGAUAUAACGAUGCUUAUUCUGGAAACUAUACUUGCACUAUUUCAAACUCUGUUGGUGAAUCUGCACACAGCAACAGCCUGCUCUUAAUAACCGUGGGUCCACCAACUCUGAUAUCAACCAACGAUGAUCCACAAAUAGGCGAUGAUGUAACAUUGACAUGUCAACUCCCCAUUCAAGUUCUAGGAGUUAAAUUUACUUGGUUCAAAGAUUUGAAUCGAUUAGCCAAUGCAUCUGAACAAGUGUACGCUGUAACAAAUAUCAGCGCUGAUGAUGCUGGGGAAUAUAAAUGCUCGUUUAAAAUCAACGGUGUGAGGGAGCUGCAGAGUACAAGUUUUAUUUUAGUUUUAACGCCUCCAGGGAAACCUUCACAAAGCUUACAAUUAAAUUCCUCAGUCAACGUGGGAUCUUCCAUUAUGUUUUGGUGCAAUGCUAAUGAGAGUUUGAACUUUGGUCUUCUUAAGAUUUUUCUGUAUCAAAAUGGCGUAAAAGUUGCAGAAAGAAAUGGAAGUCUAGGAUAUGGCAAGUUCUUCAUUCAAAUAAUAACUAUGAGAGAUUCUGGAAACUACACAUGCACUUUUACAAACAAAAGAGGAGAGUCUGUCCAAAGUGAUCCUGGAUCUAUUCAAGUGAAUGAUGCUGAAGUUGCUAAAUCAUCUCUGCUAGACGUAUCUCCGAUAAUGUAUAAAGGUGAACAAGACUCUCAAACAGACUGCCUAUCAACGACUCGUGGAGCAAAAAGCUACUGCACUUUGUUCAUUAAUAAGAUAAGAUAUGUUGAUGCUGAGGACUGUAGAUUUUUUCGACCACAUGCUGUUAGUGGAUCCUACACAUGCACCAGAAAUAUUUAUAACAAAACUGGGCUCAUGAGUCCACCAGUGCAAGUCACAUUUUACAACAAACCUCGUGUUGUACCAGCCACGAAUUUUUUCUUGAACCAAAAUUUUGCACUGAGGUGUAUCACAGAUGUACCCAGUGGUACAUACUUCUGGUACAAAUGGGAUAAUUUAGUUUAUUCUUCAAACAAUGACACAUAUGAGUUUACUUUAACAAGUAGCAUGGCUGGGUCUUACCGCUGUAGAGUUAAAAUUAAUGAAUCGGAUAUAUGGAGUGAAUUUUACCUAAUCCGUGUUUCUAGACCAGCUAAACCCUCUUUAAAUAAUAAUAAUAAAAAGUCAAAAUUGGGUUUAAAAAAGACCGUCUCCACAAAUUUAUAUUGUAUUGGUGAUGAUGCUGAGAUGUAUUCAUUAUAUAUGAACGGAAUCAAAGUGUCUACUAAACCGGCAAGCAACAACACAUUCACAAUAUUUCUGUCCAAGUCAGCUACAGUUCAGUACAAAUGCACUGCAUCAAACAGAUUUGGUGAAAGUGAGCCAAGUGAUCCUGUUAUUAUAAAUAAGAUGGAGAGUGUUUAUAUAACUGCUAGCAGUAUUGUGGCUUUUGUUGGUCAGCCUUUUUCAUUGAACUGCAGUGUUGAAAACAAUCAGUCAUCUGGAUCUUACUCUUGGGAAAUACAUAAAAUUGCAGGCAUGGAUACUGUGAUGUCUCAAAAUCUAACCAUCAAUCCGCUGACAAUACAAGAUGAAGGCGUCUACAUUUGUCAUUUUACAAAACAAGAGUCAACAUACACAGUAUAUGACUAUUAUGUUCUAGCUGUUUCAAUUUCUAGUGUACCUGAAAUCUUCUUAAGAAAUCCAGCUAUAAAAGGCGAUCAAGGGGCGAGUAUUUCCAUUCUAUUAAGUACCAGCGCUGCAGAAACAGACGUCAUCGUGCGAUUUGUUUGUUACAUUUACACUCUUAUAAUCGAUGGAAAGAAUCCAUUCCGUCUUUAUAAAAAUGGAGCUGUAGUAAAAAAAUUGCCCUAUGUGAAUGAGCUUUACUUCUCGGGAAGAUUUAACAUACGAAGGAUCUAUUCAGUGGAUACAAGCGUAGCAUCUAAUGAAGGAAACUAUACCUGUACAGCACUCAACUCAGUGGGGGAAUCUCAGCCAUCAAAGGCUGUGUACUUUACUAGAGAUUUAGGAUUUAAAAAGCCUCAAGUUACCAUGAACAACGUAAAUCCACAAGCUGGAGAUGACAUUACACUUACAUGCAACAUAUUGUCACCACAACCAGACUUCAUUAUAACGUGGCAGAAAGAUUUCUCAAACAUACUGAAAACUGGACUUACUUUGUCCCUCACAUCUCUGACAGUAGAGGAUCAUGGCUUCUACACUUGCACUUAUUCCAAUCGUUCAAAUGAAGAUGACAGAUAUUUUUGGUUGGAGAAGGUUUCAGAUCCAAUUUUAAUUUCAUUGCUACCACCUCUGCAACCAAUAUUAUUGUUUGAUGCCAGCUAUCUUGACGUAAAGAACAAAUACUAUGGCUAUGGUGAUGGACCUGUAUUUUACACAUUUGGCGAAGGAGAUACUUUACAUUUAAAGUGCUUUGUUCAAGCCAUGCAUUUAGCUAACUACCAGAUUGCUAGUAUGAAUCCGUCGCCUUACAAUUUUACUCUAUAUAAAAAUGGUCAAAUUACUCAGCCUGCAAACACAAAUGGUAUGUUUACCAUUUCUGGACUUUCAAAAGGAGACUACAAUUACACGUGUCAAGUUAGCCGUGAAGCACAGCUAUCUUUUAUGAGUUACUCUCUUUUAGUAAGGAUAACUGAUCGACCAACCAUUACUUCUUCUGUGCCAUCUCCUUCAUUGGGUGCUAAUCUCACCCUAACCUGCAACACUCUUGUGGAAUCUAACAACAUUGACAUUACUUGGAGAAAAAAUGGAAUCAAUAUGGGAUUUACAUCAAAUGUUCUCAGUUUGAAUACAAUAUCUCAAUAUGAUGAAGGAUCUUACACAUGUCAACAAACACAUAUGGAGUGGACGUCACCUAUGAGUGCAGAAUUCAUCAUUAAUUUUGGACUAGUACCUUCCAAGCCAGAUAUUUUGAUCACUGCCGAUACACCAAUACAAGCUGGUUCAUCUUUUGCAAUAUACUGCCUUUCUACUGGUACUCCAGUAGUUUCUGCAACUUUCUACAAGGAUGGUCAGAUCAUUUUCAAUGCAACUGGUGGCUAUAUGAGUGAUGCGGGACAGACUGUAUUCACAUAUCAAAUAACACUAGCAGCUGUUACCAACUCAGGAAUCUAUUCGUGUACUGUUAGAAACAGCCUCAGUGUUUCUCAGAUUAGUGAGACCUUAAAUUUGAAUGUGAUGGGUUAGUUAUAGAUAUAUCGAGAUUCGUUAGUUGCUGUCAAUUACUUUAUAAUUUGUGGCUUUAUUUUUAUAGGUGUAGUGACCAAUCGAAAUUACUAAAAAUAUUGCUAAUAAUGUGGCAUAAUUAUCUUUUUAGUUUUACACCUUAUAAUGUUGUUAUUUGUUUACAAAAGAUACAAUUUUUUAAUGUUUUUUUUUUUUUAAAUCGCA